GUCUUCCAGUCUUCCGUGCGCGGCCUCCACACCGCGAUGGAAGACUUGAUCUACUUCGUCAACAAGCUGCAGCUUGUCCGCAGCAUUCUCGCCGACGACGGCGUGGGGAGCGCCCUCCCCAUCGACUCCGACGAGGUGCCUUACAUCGCCGUCGUGGGAGGCCAGGGUGUAGGGAAAUCUUCAUUAAUAGAGGCUAUUGUCGGAAAAGACUUUUUACCCAAAGGAAUUGCCACCCGUCGGCCGUUGGUUGUACAACUUUUUAGAACAGAAGAAGCCGUUGAGUAUGCAAGGUUUUCGCAUCAACCUGAGAGAAGAUUUGAAGACUUUGCUGAAGUUGCUCAAGAGAUAGCUGAUGAAACUGACCGAGAAACUCAGUCUCCCUUUGGAGUAUCAUCUAUCCCCAUCCAUUUAAGCAUAUUUUCACCAAGUGUUAUCAACCUCACUCUUGUCGAUCUACCUGGGCUUGUUACUAAAAUUGCUGAUGACCACCGGUCCGACAACACAGUUCAGGAAAUUCAGAAUAUGGUUGGAGCAUUCAUUGGGAAGCCCAAUUGCAUCAUUUUGGCUGUAUCUCCAGCAAACCAGGACCUUUCAAUUUCAGUAGCUGUCAAUACUUCACAGGAAAUCGACCCAAAUGGUAAAAGAACCUUUGACGUGCUUACAAAAGUGGACCUGAUGGAGAACCGAGCAACUGUUGUUAAUAUACUAGAGGGAAGGUUUUGCCCAUCGCGCUUUCCAUGGGUUGGUGUUGUCAACCGAUCACAGGAAGACAUCAAUAUCAACCUGGACAUCAUUGCUGCUCGGCGUAGAGAGCGUGACUAUUUUGGUAGGAUACCAGAAUACAAGCAUCUCGCACACAGAAUGGGGUCAGAACAUUUGGUCAGAAGUUUGGCCAAGUAUCUGGAGUCUUAUGUUAAAACAAGAAUCGGUGGUUAUUUGCUCAGUAACAAUUUCAUCAAAUCUGCAGUGACAAAGAAGAACAGGCUGCAGGGCUAUUCACUUAGAGCAUAUGGGACAUUUCCGUCGUAUCACCUGUGUACGGAAGGUGAACAAAAUGAGAUGACCUUUCAGUGCACAGUUGAUGUUCAUGGCCAAAAGUUCGCCUCAGCAAUGCAUCACCGCCAUCUCAAAGACGCGGAGGAGGAUGCUGCCGAUGUGGCCUACACAUCGUUAAUGGGAAAUGAAACAAUGGAGACUCUAUUUGAGCUGCUCAACAAGGAUACUAUGUGCAAGGUUACCCUUCUGCUUGGGUACGUGCACAAGAAGAAAGUUCCAGAUCCAGUUUAUGCAUCCUCCAGGGUGUCAGUAGAGCCCCAUAGGACAUUCUGGCUUUCCACAGUCACGUUGGAUGAUAACACCUACAUUGGGGAGUUUGCAAAUACCAGGCGCAAGUCCAUCCAGAAUGCUGCUUUCUCAGCUGUUUCCUCCAUGCUUGAGUCUGGGAAUGACCUGAUGAUCGAGUGUCUUAUCUCCAAGAGGAUGAGGACUGAGGUGCCUAGGCGGAAGAGAUGCCGAAAUGCGUAGGAUUAAGAUCUGAGUGUAGUUUGUUAGUCCUCUGUCAGAGUACCUACUAACAUGCAGAAACCCAAUGGUGUAACCUUUUGGUGUGAAGUCUGUCUUGUCUAUCCUAUCUGGAGGUGGAGAUGAGAUAAUCUGGAGUUUGCUAGGUGGUCCUUUGUC